CUUGAAGUAAAAACAAUGAAGGAUUUGGACCACCUCUAUUAUAAUCCAAGCUAUAAAUAUGCAUUCUUUAGCUCCUCGUAUUCGUCAAAUUUGCAAAUGAGGAUGAAGUUUUCACGGAUAUGUUCAGCUCUCCUCUUCUUGAUAUGCCACUUCAUUACAUCAGGUAAACUUAUAGAGGUGGAGGGAUGCACCAUUUACAUUAGUAACAAAUGCCCCUUCCCUAUAUGGCCAGCCAUAGCCCCAAACACGGGCCAUCCAGUUUUAGCCAACGGUGGCUUCUACCUUCCGCCAGGCCAGAUUCACCGAAUCGGGGCCCCGGGUGUUUGGAGUGGACGCAUUUGGGCUCGAACCGGUUGCAAUUUUAACGAGCCCACUAAUCACAAAUUGGCCUGCGAAACAGGCGAUUGUGAUGGAAAAUUGGAAUGUGAAGGAUCCAUAGGCCUUCCUCCAGUUACACUAGUUGAAAUGACUAUACAAUAUGACAAAAGACAGCCCAGUUUCUAUGAUGUGAGCGUUGUUGACGGAUAUAACCUCCCUGUUACGGUAACAAAUAAGCCUGCAUCUUCAAAUUGCCUUAUUCGAGGCUGCAACAAAAACUUGAAAAACAUGUGCCCGCCAGAGCUUCAAGUUAUAAAUGACAAUGGACAAGUGGUGGCGUGUAAGAGUGGUUGCUUGGCUUUCAAUCUUGACUCAUUUUGUUGCAGGAACAAAUAUGGGAGUCCUGAUAAAUGCAAGCCGAGUGUGUACUCCAGUUGGUUCAAGAGAGCUUGUCCCUCUUAUGUUACUUAUGCUUUUGACACACCUUCGCCUCUGGUCAGCUGUUCCUCCGAUCAAUUUGUCAUAACUUUCUGUCCGGAUAGAUGGGGCACCCAGCAUUCGUCUGCUUGAUAGAAGUGUUCCUCUUUGUUUCGGCUUAAUCUUUACUUAGUUUGAAUAAUGUUAUUCUACACGAAAUAAUCUUUGACUCUACAUUAAGGGUUAUCCGUAAUAAAGAGUUUAAAUUAUA